ACAAGGUGUCUCUUCGGAAAAAAACCUGAGCCCCAGGGAGGCGGCGAGGAGCUACCGGGUUAGGGCUGGCGGGAACCGCGAGAGAGUGCGUUGGGCAGCGCUCGAGGACCAGUGGGAGCUUGGCCGCAGAGGACCCUCGAGACCUGCUUCUGAGAUCCCAGCUCCACGCUCUCCUCCCAUUUUACAGAUCCACUCCCCCCCCUCCCCGCGACUACAUCUCCCCAAAACGGAGCCUUUAUAUGAAGAGAAGGUGAGGGAGCUGGGGCAACCAGGACUUCCCCGGACACCCAAGAUGCGCUCCAUUAGGAAGAGGUGGACGAUCUGCACGAUAAGUCUGCUCCUGAUCUUUUAUAAAACAAAAGAAAUAGCAAGAACUGAGGAGCACCAGGAGACGCAACUCAUCGGAGAUGGUGAGCUGUGUUUGAGUCGAUCACUUGUCAAUAGUUCGGAUAAAAUCAUUCGAAAGGCUGGCUCUUCAGUCUUCCAGCAUUCUGUAGAAGGUUGGAAAAUCAAUUCCUCUUUGGUCCUAGAGAUAAGGAAGAACAUUCUUCGUUUCCUAGAUGCAGAACGAGAUGUCUCAGUGGUCAAGAGCAGUUUUAAGCCUGGUGAUGUCAUACACUAUGUGCUGGACAGACGCCGGACACUAAAUAUUUCUCAGGAUCUGCAUAGCCUCUUACCUGAAGUUUCACCAAUGAAAAAUCGAAGAUUUAAGACCUGUGCAGUUGUUGGAAAUUCUGGCAUUCUACUAGAUAGUGAAUGUGGAAAAGAGAUUGACAGUCACAAUUUUGUAAUAAGGUGUAAUCUAGCCCCUGUGGUGGAGUUUGCUGCAGAUGUGGGAACUAAAUCAGAUUUUAUUACCAUGAAUCCAUCAGUUGUACAAAGAGCAUUUGGAGGCUUUCGGAAUGAGAGUGACAGAGAAAAAUUUGUGCAUAGACUUUCCAUGCUGAAUGACAGUGUCCUUUGGAUCCCUGCUUUCAUGGUCAAAGGAGGAGAGAAGCACGUGGAGUGGGUUAAUGCGUUAAUCCUUAAGAAUAAACUGAAAGUGCGAACUGCCUAUCCAUCACUGAGACUUAUUCAUGCUGUCAGAGGUUACUGGCUGACAAACAAAGUUCCCAUCAAAAGACCCAGCACAGGUCUGCUCAUGUAUACCCUAGCCACAAGAUUCUGUGAUGAAAUUCACCUGUAUGGAUUCUGGCCAUUCCCUAAGGAUUUGAAUGGAAAAGCUGUCAAAUAUCAUUACUAUGAUGACUUAAAAUACAGGUACUUUUCCAAUGCAAGCCCUCAUAGAAUGCCAUUAGAAUUCAAAACAUUAAAUGUGCUACAUAAUAGAGGCGCUCUGAAACUGACAACAGGAAAGUGCAUAAAGCAAUAAAGCACAUCUGAAACAUACAAAGAGACUGAAUAUGCACUUCUUUUCUGAAGAUGCUUCCUAAGAUUUGAAAACAGGAUCCAAAACAAGGCUGGGUUUCAGCAUCCACCACUUAUCUGAAAGGUGAUAAAGGACGUUCAUGAGAAAUGCACUACCAACUGAUGAAAUACCUGCAAAGUGCUCUGAAAAUUAAGUAUUUUGACUUCAAGGGUCCUAGUAAGUGCCACUUCCACUAAGAACACAGUUUGAAUGUAUAAUCAGUAGUGUUUACAAGAUCCAACAAUGCACUCGUCAUUAGUUAAUGAAUCAAAAAUGUUCAUCACUGUUGGGCUGCCACUGCAACGCCAAGCACAUGAGAAGAGGAACCCAGGAACACAACUCAGCCCUUGGGGAAACUGAACCGCCCUGUCAGCAGAAAUCAAGAUGGAAACAGUUUGAGCAGUGAAAUCCAUAAGAUUAAACAACUCAAGUAAAUGCCUUCAGUCAGGAUUCUGAGUCUGAUCAUGAACUUUAUGUUUUUGUUUCUGUUCUUGUUUGCCUUCUGGAAUCUCUUUUGGUUUGGGUAUUGGGGCGCUUCGAAAAUCCUUCUGAGAUAAAAAUGAA